GUGAGACUUUCUUGUCAAAUUUGCUGUAAGAGUUUAAUUUCCGAACAUUACUUACAAGAAAAGAAAUUGUAGUGCGAAAUCCGUUUGUUAUUUUUUCGAGUGCAUUCGAGGACGAAAUUCAAUCUCCUGCAACCAGUCCGGGGCAUUCAUCCGACCUGCGACCUGAGCGACACACUUCAUUCGAUUGUCGAGAUUUUCGGAGGCUUAGAUUGAUGCCCGACGGCUUGCCGAAAACUCUGCAGAACAACAAUUUCCAAAUUUUAGUCUCGGAAGGGAAAUCAAAAUCCAGUGGAAAUGACCCUGCUUUCGGGCGCCACAUCAGUGGGGUAUCCCAGUCAAAUGCCGGCGAAAAGGAUCAGCUGGCGGCGUUUGGUAUCACUGCUGCCGCAUUCCAUAGGACUGCCCAUAAAAGCGGUGACGCCCCAUUUGAGGGACCUACAUCUCGUACAGCGCCGUCUCCAGGACGAUUUUCUGGGCUGCGAGGCUCUGUGGACGAUUUUUAUGGCCGCCGCCUGGAGCUAUCGCUACAGAACACGGCUGAGACCAUUUCCCAGCCACUGGCACACCAUAGAUAUGGUGUUCAAUACGCUGGGUGAUGCGCCCAGGCUGGAGGUGCUGCAGCAGCAGCUCCUGCACUGCGACUACCAGGACUGCUCCCCCAAUGUGGUGCGUUUGCUAACCGACAUCUUGGUGGAGCAGGCCGAUCGCGUGUCCUUGAGCUCCCUGCGGCCCUGCGAGUUCGAGCAGCUGUACGCCCACCUGGGCAUGCCCUCUCCCAAGCGUGCACCCACCCAGAUCUUUGAGGUGCGAACGGGCAAGGGGAACGAGAUGGGCGAGGCCUAUGCCCUCUUGCGGCAGCGGAACAAGGAAUCCGUUCGCCUGGGCUUCUACGGCUGCAAGCUGGAGAAGCUCUAUGCGCUGCUGAACCAGAACUGCCUGGCGAACGGAAAGUGCCUGGAGCUCACCUGCGAUAUCAAUGAGGCCCUGGCCAGGAGUAAGCCCCAGGCUGGCUUGGGCGGCUCCCGGUGCGGAUCGAUACUGCGCUGCGUGGCUGUGGUGGAGUUCGUUUUCCAGGACAACGAAACGAGCCGCGAUAAGAAGCAGGUGAUCAUCAAGGAUGCGAACACCAUGCAGGUAUCCUAUCUACUGCUGUACGGCCAAAGCUGCAAUGAGUACGCUAUCGAGAGGCAGAUCAAGCUGAUGGCGGAGCCCGCUCGAGAACUGCUCAACUGGGUGGAGAAAUACCAGGAUGAAGCCAUAUCCUUGGGCGUUGGCCUGCUGAUCGUUUCCUCGAUGGCUCAUUUCGGAAGCACUUUCUUUCGCCUGUUUGCUCGCAAUGGUUUCCAUGUCCUCAAGCGGGGCCUCCUUUAAAAAUUGAUAGUCCUCAACUUGUAUUAGCCAUAUCCUGUGACCUUGAACUGCAACCGAGCUGUGUUGCCGACUUCAGUUUGAUUUUCACUGCAGUCGGCAACAGAACUCAGUGACAGGCAUCUGUGGUGUGCGAAAUGAAAUCGAUUUGUGUCCU